AUGCCUGACCCUCAGCCUGAAAUCUUGAUAAAAUUUCAAAAGCAGCUCGAGCCAUAUAUUAAACCCCGAGAACAGGUCAACUAUAUCAGGCGUGUUUUGGCGCUUCACCUCGGGUCGUGCUCCGGCAAUGGCGCCGUUCAGCAUCCCCUGUUCCUCGUGGACAGCUCACAAGAAGUUACCACACCAUCGGAUUUAACUGGUGUGUUUAGGGAAUAUGUCGAAGCUCUCCAGGCCAAUUCUGCAGCACGCCGGCAGUUUGAAGAUCUCUUACAAAAUAAUGCCCCUGGAGAUUCUGAGCCGCCUACUCGAGCAGCGAGCAGUGCUGAUCUCCUAGAGGAGCGCAUAUGUCUCUUGAAGCUGCAGCAGAAGCGAGAGAGCUUGCUCGCAGUUCGACAGUCUCUGGAUCUGCUUAUGGAAAGACCAGCUGCAACCCGUGAAUUCCUGGGUGCCAGGCACAUCUUCCAAGGGAUGCCCAGCGCACCAAGUGCGCCAGACGACGUUAUCAACAGCCUCGCGCCCGACCAGAACUCUCCCCACUCAGGCCUCGAUGAUCGGAUCCAUCAGCUGGAGAAGACGGUGCUGAGGGCAAAGCUGCUGCUUAAGAAAGAGGAGCAAACACGGCGUGAAGCGAAGGCCCGGUCUCAAAAUCAAUUCGAGAUUGUCAGCAACGGCGCUCGCUUAGAAGCGUUGACUGCAACCCGGAACGAGCUUAUAGCUUGGAUCGAAAACGAGCUCGGCAGAGCAUCUCCUGGAAGCGGCUCAGAGGCGGGCCAAAAACACACCUAUAAAUCGAGGGUUAGCCCGUCAACAAUUGCAGCUCAUCUUGAGGAGAUUAGCAAAAAGUAUGCCACAUAUGUGUCUAUGAGAAAAACUCUCUUAGACCUAGAAACACAGCAGUCUCAGCUUUCCCAGCCAGCUCAACCAUCUCUGCUACCACCUGCGCAGCUAGUUGCGGGCCUGGAUCGAAAUAGUAGCAAGCCUCCGGUACCAAUCGACCAUCUUCUGACGCCCUAUCUGAGAGCCUUGGCUGCUAUGUCUGUAAGCCAGAAGGCAGCCAUCACUCAGAAAUCCUUUUUCACAUCAGCAUUGUCCAAGCAGAAUCAGGAUGCCUGCCAAUUACUCGGCCGUCUCGGCGAAGAAAGCCAUUUGCUGCCAGCAUACCCCAUGAAGGAUUCGCUACGCCGGAGGUCUGGUAUACAAACAGAAAUAGCUUCGAAGUCUGAACAGCCGGACAUCUCGAAGCGGGUUAAGCCAUGGGUAUUCGCCGCCGAUUCGGCCAAAAUCACACUUCUUGAAUACGCUGCAGAAACCGUCGACAUUGGACAAGUCGCGCUGGAAAAUUGCUUGGAAAAUCUUAGAGAGAUUGACUUCCUGCUAGGUCAUCCGGACGGAGACGUAUCCAGUGAAGGCGCGGAUAAUAAAUCAAAGACUUUGGUGGCGGCAACGAAGCUUGAAUCACGGAAGUCCGCAUCAGAGAGCAGCAUAAUGGAUGACGGUCACGAUGUUUGGUCUAGACUACACGGAAAUUUAGGAGCAUUGAGCUGA